AUGUAUGAAGCGGUGAAUGAGAUCUAUAAACUGCUGAUCCCUAUCGCCGAAGCGCAUCACGACUACAAGAAAUUGGCCGCAAUUCACGGCAAACUUCAAGAAGCGUUCCUUAAGAUUGAACAGCAAACCGGCAAAAGAGUGUUCGGCACUUACUUUAGGGUCGGUUUCUAUGGACCAAAGUUUGGAGAUCUGGACAGAGAAGAGUUCGUCUAUAAAGAGCCGUUUCUCACAAAACUUCCCGAAAUAUCUCAUAGACUCGAAAACUUUUAUUCAGAACAGUUCGGCACUGAAUUUGUCGAAGUCGUCAAAGACGGAAAUCCUGUCGAUGUAAACAAAUUGAAUCCAGAAAAAGAGAGAUUUAUAUAUUCGACUCCAUUUACAAUGGAUGGCAGAGCGCACGGAGAUCUUCACGAACAAUACAAACGCAAGACUAUAUUAACGACUAUUAAUUCGUUUCCUUACGUCAAGACUAGAGUUCUGGUUCACGACAGACAACAGAUUGUUUUGACGCCCAUUGAAGUGGCCAUUGAGGACAUCCAGAAGAAGACAAUAGAGUUGGCGAGUGCCACAUAUCAGGAACCAAUUGACUCCAAAAUUCUUCAAAUGGUACUCCAGGGCUGUGUGGGAACGACUGUAAAUCAGGGCCCCUUCGAAGUGGCCGCUGUCUUCCUAUCGGAGUCAAGCAAUCGGACGCCACAACAGAGACCGCCCUCUCCUCUGCAAAAUAAACUCAAGAAUUGUUUCAAAGACUUUUGUCGAAAAUGUGGAGACGCUUUACGGAAGAAUAGGGUUUUGAUUGGAAGCGAUCAAAAGGAAUAUCAGAAAGAAUUGGAGAGAAAUUAUUAUAAAUUUACAGAAAAAUUGGCGCCACUUAUCAGUACUAACGGACAACAGGCUCUUCGGGCUCUACGGGAAACUUAUUGGAACAGUUCGGCUAACAUUGCCCUAAGAACUAAACCAAAUACUCUUUUAUGAUUUCGAUGCUCUUUCGUCGGUAUUUAUAUAUAAUUUUCAUUUUCAAUAUUUAUUUAUUUAUUUUAAAACCAAUCGUGUAUUUCUUAUAAUGAAUUUCUUACGCGACAAUAACUAUACAACUCUUUAAACGAAAAUACAAAAUAAUGCCUC